CCUGUAGUGUGUCCGCAGUCUCUGGUCAUCUCCUGUAGUGUGUCCGCAGUCUCUGGUCAUCUCCUGUAGUGUGUCCGCAGUCUCUGGUCAUCUCCUGUAGUGUGUCCGCAGUCUCUGGUCAUCUCCUGUAGUGUGUCCGCAGUCUCUGGUCAUCUCCUGUAGUGUGUGCGCAGUCUCUGGUCAUCUCCUGUAGUGUGUCCGCAGUCUCUGGUCAUCUCCUGUAGUGUGUCCGCAGUCUCUGGUCAUCUCCUGUAUGUGUCCGCAGUCUCUGGUCAUCUCCUGUAGUGUGUCCGCAGUCUCUGGUCAUCUCCUGUACUGUGUCCGCAGUCUCUGGUCAUCUCCUGUACUGUGUCCGCAGUCUCUGGUCAUCUCCUGUACUGUGUGUGCGCAGUCUCUGGUCAUCUCCUGUACUGUGUCCGCAGUCUCUGGUCAUCUCGGCCCCUGUACUGUGUCGCGCAGUCUCUGGUCAUCUCUCCUGUCUGUGUCCUGUACUGUGUCU